AUGAAUCGAUUGACUUCAUCUUAUACAAACGACCGCGAUGGCGAACUUCCAGGUGAUGGCUCCGCAAUUUCAUCCUCCUUAGCAACGGACUCGAAGGGAAACGAAGCUCAUCCAGACCAGUUCUGUGAAUGCACGCUUAGAAAGGACCCAGAAAAGGACCGAUGGCAGAACGGAAAAUGGAGAAAACAGUGUCACAGAUGCCGUGCUGAAAAACAGGUUUUCGGGAUUCAGAACCAGAUAGUACCCAAGAACUUGAUCCAGACGCCAUCUGAUGAUCUCCAAUCAAAACUCCUCAAACAUUCUAAGUCUCUGUCAGCUCAAAACGCAAUAUCUAUAGCCACGAUACCAAUCAGCAUUCCGUCAUCUUUGCAUAGUGUAGCAGGUACUUCGAUUUUUUCAGACAGCCAGGAGCAGCAGAAGCUUUUAGAGUCUCUGGAAUGCAAGCCUUCAGCGGAAGCUAUCGUACGUGAGAUUCUCCGCUACCAGAAGGAGGGAAGGGAUCUUCCAUGGUUACAGGACAUUAUCCCUGAGUUAAGGCCUGGUGUUGAGAGCGGCGCCGAGUGGGUACAGUCAGCCCGCAACAAGCUCUGGGGAGCAGACGUUUGGGAACAGCAUAAGAAGCUAUGUGAGAAAAGAGAAUUACUCGGCCAGACACUACCCGAACUACCAACUAACGAUUAUGGGCUAAGGAGAUACUGGUUGACUAUUAUCGAAACCUUGAGACCAAUUAGUCUGAGGAUGGCGCUAGUUGUUGACAGGGUAUCUAUCGCCAUUGGAAGAAGGGACUGCAUCCUGUUAACCCCAGGCGGUACGUGGAGGGAGACACCUACUGAAACCAAUACUCCCCAGUAUACGUUUCUCGUUAUCCGACAGGUUCUGCAGGACAAGAUCCUUAGUCCACUUAUUGAUGCUAUCACCAUGAAGAUCCAUCAGGGAGACAGCUACGAAACAUACGAUAACGCAGAGUCUGUCGACAGCAAGCAAGCGCAGUCUCAUCAGCGAACCCUUGUGCUCAGAGAAGCUUUACAAAAUCUGCGAAGCGUUGUUAUCGAGGAGAAGGACAUAGACGAUAGUUCUACAGCCGAACGUUUCGAGCAUAGUGAACUAACCGCCCUGGCGAAGAAAGAAAGUGGAGAGGCCUACGGUACAGCCGAUAAGAGACCAGGUUCGUCGACUCGUGCAUUAGCAGAGAUCAAGAAACUGCGAAUGGACACUUAG